AUGACGCUUCUGCUGCUCUACCUUUCAGUUGCCGAUGGCGUCACUCUCCACCUCGGCGCGGCGGUUGUCUCCUCCUGGGGGCUGAGAUCCUCCACUGCUGUGCAAUUACAUGCCCACGGCUUUCAUGAGGGCCUCCCUGUCCUCAGCACGGGGCCGGUUCUGCCCACUCCUACUGCUGAGGAAAUGUGUGAGGUUUACCCUGUCGGCCGCACGGGUAACUUGCUUCUCCCACGCACCGACCGCAGUCGUCGGCACCUUGCUGCCUUUGUGGGUACACCGCCUGGAGCCCCCAUUCUCGAACCUUGCCCUGUCCCUUUCCUGGUUGACGAAUGGUUGCAUGGGCCGCUCUUGCAUGCCCGGCUUGCUGCCACCUUGGGAUUCCCUGCUGGUGUCUUCUCUGUCUCAGCCAUCCGCGGGGUCCUUCCCGGCCUGCCAAGUGAGCAGCUUCUUCUCACUCCGGCUGCCUGUUCAUGGCGUCAAGUCUGGCUGCCCGUUGACCUCCGUCCGCUAGGAGGCCGCAUAUGCAUGCUUGUGUGCCCCCGUGACUCUACUUGCAGAGCCAUUGCGGUCCUUGCUCUCGCGGCUCAGACGAUGCAGACUGAAGUUGACCUUCUGCUUGCUAAGACGUCGACACUCUGCAAUUUCAUAUUGGCCCAGCUGCUGAUGCGCUGCAAGGUUGCGGCACCAGCAGGUGCCCACACGCAUUUACAGGCCAGGUGGCUUCAGGUUGGCGACUUUGGUGAUGGACCGCUUUGGUCGGUUCUUCCCUCCGCCAGUGAGGUGUUUCUCAUUACUUGCCGCCUUUGGUGGCCCGGAUCUUCGGUCCGCCUUGAGUUUACCAACACUGAGAGUGCUCGCGAUGCUGCCGCCGAGCUUUACCGUCAGGCCAUCCGAAUAGGUCGCCCUCAGAUUGAAUACAGUGCUGAUCAUGUUCUUGAGGCUGCGCAGUUCGCGGCUGCUUCGGCUGACGUCCAGAUCCUUCGGGGCACGGCACAUCGGCUUCGCCAAGGCGACGUGGUACGAGUGCGUGUCAACACUGAGGCGCGCACCCUCGAUGUCUCAGCCUUUGUUAUUCCACACAAUGUUGGCACUGCAUCGCGCUGGCUUCAGGAAGGCCGAAUCGUGUCGCUGCUUCAUCCUGUGGCUGGAGUGUUAUCUUUCGAGGUCCCGCGUGCUUGCGACCUUGAUACUUCUGUGCUGGGUGCGUUGUUGCGCAGCGUUACCCCAGGCCAGCAUGUCUUCGUUGCGCUACCCGGAGCUGACCUUCUCCCUCAUGCCGCCUUCGUCGCUGCCUUCCCUGGCCAGGACUGUGUCACAUAUCGGGUGACUGAUGCGUCUGACCCCUCUGCUGUGGGUCUGCACUUGGCCUUUUCCGGCGUCUUUGAAUCUUUCCCGGCCUUUUUGGAAAGUCUUCUUCGCAGCAACCGCCCCGCCGCUGCUCUGCUUCGAAGGUUGCAGCCCUUCGGCCUCUCUGUUCUAACCUGGGAAUGCACUUCCUUUCCUGGUCGAGCUGACUGUCGCUACUGGCAUGUCCAUGUGCAGGCUGACUUUGCACGGGCCCGGGAGCACCUUUUGAGCCUCAGCUGGGAGCCGAGACUUGUUCGCACGCCUCCGCCCCUCCCUCCCCCUAGGGCUCGGGUUUUCCAUAGUAUAGGUUCCCAAACUAACGCCCCCUUCAUUUCUGCCAGCACGCCGGCUGCUGUACUCCAGGCACCCCCGUCUGUUUGCGGUGCCGGUGUCACACCUGACUCUGCGUCCGAACUCGUUGACCUCUGGUGCGAUGCAUGGCACGUCAAGUGCCUGGUUGCAUGUCUGCCCGGAUUCACCGUGUGGGCCCUUCGAGAGGGGAGCCGACUCUACGGUAUGUGCACCCCUGUCCCCUCCUGGGAAGCUGUUGCACAGGCCCUUUCCCUGUCCCUCUGGGAGCUACCACAAACGUUUCUGUCCAGCGACAGCCGUGUUUGGCCAUUUCCCCGUGACAUCACAGGCGUUGCGAUGCAGUGUGUCAGUGUUGGGUACGACUCUCCUGAAGGAGUCUCCCAACUAGUGCGUAAUUGCGAGGCCGAGACGCCUAGCCCGCCACCGCCCCCGGGCCCUUUGGCCUCUGCUGCUCUUGGCUUGCCUUGCUUGCGGCGGUACUCGCUUUUGUGUGCUCUCAGCCUCCUUCUCCCUGUGGUGUCAGUCCGCGUGAUGGUUGAGCCUGCUCCCUUGUUCUCUCGCCUCGCGGAAUCCGAGACACUGCAAACUCGUCGCGACUUUUCACGGCCCUGCACCAUGUCUUGGACUCACGAGCUUGCCCGGCAGACGCACGGGUUCGCCCUUUCAGCACCUCAACUUGGCGCGUAUGUUACUGGCGCUUCACCUCACCCAGAAGUGCAGAUGCACCUUUGGCUUCCCGGGCAAGGCCCCGUCCACUUGAGGGUUGGUGCACGCCACCUCGAUCAGCAUCUUAGUGCUUACCUUGGCGCCUUCUUGCCAGACUGCGAGUACGGACUGCACGUCGCUUUCGAUUCCAGCCCCCAAGUGCUUGAUCUCAUCGUUUCCCCGCCUUCACCAUAUGGCUGGUGGAUACUGCGUGACUCAAUCGGUUGCGAGCUUCUCCGACCGGUGGUCCAGCACUACACUUCCCAUUGGGCUCGGGCACUUAUUACUAGCGUUCUUCCGGGAUUAGAGGGUAAACUGGUUGAUGGAGUUCUUAAGAUUGUCGCUGCCCGGGCUCGGCUCCCCUCGCUUCUCGGCAGUCUCGCGUUGCUCCUGCUUUGCCGCCACGUGGCCUCUAUGCAACCUCCCCAACUCCUUGCUCUGGCCCCAGUCGCUGAGGCUUCGCCGCCUCCUCCGACAACCAUUCGCAUCUGGACUCUCAACAUUAAUGCACCCGUUGACCUACCAUGGCGUCCUCAGGGUUACCCGACCCGUUGGUUGAGAGAGCUGAUGUGCCGUCUUCACCAUAUUGACGAUCCCGGUGAGUUCCGGCCCACACAUUCCACUACGGACAGCUCCGUCCAGCAUGUCCUUUUCGUGCCGGUCGUUCCUGCUACGCGACCCACGGUCCGGUUUUGGCUGCUCCACUGGGGGGACGCUGCGGCUGUUACUUUCGGGCAUUCGCCCUUUAGUUGGGAUGUCGUCUCUGCCCAUCUCAGAGCUCUCUUCCCGGGGGGCCAUUUACCAGAGCGGAGCCCCGCUCUCUCCUACGCCGGUCAGCUGUACCCGCCAGGAGUUGCCUUGCCUGAUUUUCCAUCCGGAGCUGUCAUUCAGAUUUUGAUUGGUGCUCUUGCAAGGAUCCCGGGCGAUGAUGACCCUUGGAACCCGGAUCCCCUGGUGGUUGAGGGACCUUACUUCCGGCAUGUUCCGAGUAGGGGUCCAGCGCUAGAACCUGCCAUCCUCCUCGAUGGCCACGGGAACCGACGUGCCGCCGGCGCAUCGCAUGUGCCUUUGAUUGACCAGGAAGUCCAAACGGACCUCUCAGGCAAUGGCACCGGCCUUGAUCAUGCUACGGUUUCCCGAGUUCACAUGCUGUCUCAGGAGCUUUCUUUUCACACUUCACGACUCUGGGCCGGACUUGCUGAACCGGAUGCAGAACCGGCUGGGGAAUCGCAACCUGUUCUGCGUCUCGCCUCGCAAAGUACUUGUGCUGCGGUCAGCCCCUCCACUGUUGAUCUGCUCGAUAUUGCGAGUGUGUCGAACUGCCGGCGACAGGAUAGGCUUUCGGUGGUUGUUCUUUCCUUAGUCUGCACUCGGGGUUUAUUUGGACCUUCGGCUUUCGGGCGCCUCCUUGUCCUCGCAACCUUAGGUGCAGGUUCGAUUAUCAGUGCGCCGCCUGCUAGUUCAGAUGACGAACAGUCCGAGGAUGCAGGCCCACCACCUGUCCAAGCCUUCAACAUGUCUGCCGCUGAGCCCACCCCGGUCUCUCGACCUGCCGGCCCACCACCACCAGAGCCUGUCAAUGCUCCUUUCCAGCCUCGUAUGUGGUUCCUCCGCGCCGCCCGGCCGCUGGAGGACUAUGCGCUAGGCCUCUGGCCGUCUUCAGUUGAAAGGGAGCCCGCCGCGGACGAGGACACUGUCCGCCGUGUUCAAGCCGAUUUGCUUGGUCUUCAACGAGGCCUGCGGACCUUUGCUGCCGCCAUUCCCCUUGGCACCCCCUUCUGCAUUCACAAUCCCUUCACCGCCCGACAGCAAUGCGAGCUUGUUGAGUAUUCUGCUGGCCCUGAGAUCAAUCCCUUUGUUUUAUUCAGGGGACACGCCCGCAGCCGGGGUUGGGCCGAUAUUGUGCUCCUGCAACCGCAGCCUGAUGCUACUGCUGUACACCUUAUCGGGUGUCCGCAAGCACCUGGGAACGCAGCUGUCGGCAUUGUGCUGGAAGGCCGCCUUGUGCCCUGCUGUCUCCCGGUCUGUGUUGGGACCGCGGCAUUACGUGCUCUGCAGCUUGACGGGAGUGAGUACGAUCUUCGCCCCCCUGAGGUUCAGGAAGGGUCCUCGGUCGUCCAGUUCCGCAAUGGCGACUGUCUGGCUGUGCGACCCCGCUCUCAGUCACGGUCUCCUCCUCCGCCGGAACAAGUCGCCGCCUUUGCUGCCCUGACCAGCGAAGCUGAACUUGCUGCCGGCAGCCCCGACAUCCCCUUCUCCUCACAAGGUCGCCCCGUUUUGUCUUGGGGCUGUUUCUCACUGAUCUUCUGCCGGUUUACCCCAUCAAUGUGCCUCUCUCUUGGACUCCUUGCUGGCGCUGCUCUAGCACAAGGCAUGCAUAGACCAGGUGGAUUUCCUUGGGGUACCGAUCCAAUCAACCGUGACUUUUCCGCCAUUACGGCAGAGGACCCGGUCUAUGUUGUUCUGCAUAGUCCCUUCUUGGGGGUGUUUCCCCCAUACACAGCCUCCCAUGACACUCGCCACGGUCAAGUCUGGGCUCAGUUCCUCAACGACGACCCGGGAUGGGCAUCUGAUUUCUUUCCCGUGUGGCCGGGCCCCGCCUUCAACGAGUUGUCCAUGGUCCCGGUGGGACAAGAUGCGGCCCUUGUGACCAUUAUGCUGAUGUGGCGGGGCCACCAUAGGGCCACGCUUACUCCGCGGACCAUGACAGUGGCGUGGUUGACAGCCUUUAUCUCGCGUCACAUCAAUAGCCCCGUUGAUGGCAUUUCCCUGCCGCACGGGCUCGCGAUCUGCGAGCUCUUUGAUGUUCCGCCCGCGGCUUUCCGUUUUCGCAACGGCGAUGUCGUGUACAUCCAUGACCCUCCGGAGGACCCUUCUGAGCCGCUCGAGUUUGUCGAUCCUUGGCACCUGCAGGAUGGCCUUGCAGCUCACCACGCUCCCUGGGCUACGGGCUUUCAACUUAUGUUCGGCAUUUCUGUGCACCUACUUCGCCCUAAUCGCCCACCCCUGUUGGCCUCUGUCUCAGCUGGAGAAGCCUGGUGCCCAGAAUCCUUUACGUUCACCGGCACUUUCCGUAACCACUUUCCGGGCAUGUGGACACCCGUUCAGUGGUCCGGUGCCCGGGCAUUGCAAUUGAUCGAGGUCCAUGGUGUUGCGGCUCAGGUUAACGUGGUUGCUGCCUCUCCCGAAGGCCGCCUCUGCCGUACCGUCGAUCGGAUCGCCUCGCGCGAUAGCCUUGCCGAUCAACUGCACUUCCUCCCUGGAUCCCUGCAAGUGGGGGGAGUUCCCUCCUACGCUCUCAAUCAGGCCUGUGAGCUUCGGAAUGGGGAUGUCGUGUUCGGCGACUUUGCCCGAGGGGCCUGCAGCGGCCGUCCACUUCUGUGGGGUUUGGCCCUGGGCCUCGUCCCAGCUUUCUCCUCCUGUCGUACGGGCACCUUUCUUUCGAUUCUGCUGGGUUCCCUUGGGGCCUCAUUCCGGCUUUUUCUCCCGUCUUCUUAUGCUGACCUGGUGCCUACAUGGCGCGCAAGCUAUGGUUCCGGAAACUUCGGUGUUGAGCCAGACCACAUCCUCGGUUAUUCCACCAGCUGCCCCACCCAGGGCGCCCUCUCCUCCCUGCCCAACUCGCUCUUGUCUUCUUCGGGCUUCUUGAACCUGUGUGGGGAGCGUCCUCCAGUGCCUCUGGCCGCUGCCCCAGCGCGGUUCUUUCCCCCUGCCAUCGAUUUCAAUGAUGGGGAGCCCUAUGUUCCGCUAGGUGGCUGGCAGCCCGAUAGCCCUGAUGGCCCACUCGCACGUUACUUCCCUGGUCCCCGACCACUCACGGCUCGUGUUUUGUGCCCCCUGAGGGGCUGGAGCGAGACCAGCUUCCUUGACACGACAAGAUCAUGGCGGUCUAUCGAGCAGGAAGGUACGCGCCACUGCGGGCUUUGGGCCCAUCGCUUCUUCCCUGUCCGGGCGGUGCUCCCAAUUUCGCAGAUCACAGUCGCUCCGGUUGCCCCCUACGGUCUUGCUACUGUGGCCCUGCACAUUGAAGGUUGUUCGGCCGUGGCUUUUGCCUCGGUGGACUCGUCUCUCGAUGACAUUCACCGGCUUGCUGUUCGCGUCUUUCCUCACACCCGGUUUUGGCGCGUCAUAGCACCACCUGUGCUGCGCACUACCAUCCCGAAUGCGCAUAUCCGGCUCCGCAACGGCGAUGCUUUUAGCCUCCUUCCCGAGCCUUCCGAUCCGGGUGCUACCCGUUAUCCCUUGCUGCAGUAUGCCUCUCUGGACCGGGCACGGCAAGUUGCCAGCUGGUCGCUCCCUUUUCGCUUUGACUCGGGCGGCUACGUUUGCCUGUGGUACACGGGCCGUCGAUCUGGCCACAGUAUCCGGAUCAGGGAUACCGGCUAUUGGGAUCCCGAGGGCCCCACCUUCUGGAGUCUUAAUGGCAGAGCGCUGUCAGGGUCGUGGGUCCCUGUCCUCUCUGGGGAUCUCUCCAGUCUGCACCUGGUACACAGCACCUCCACUGGUGAGGCCCAUGUCCUUCUCUUACUGCCCCCCGAUCUUGAGCCUCAGGGGUUGUUGCUCGCUGGUUGCAAUGCCUACCGUGCACCACCUGGGUGGCGCCUUCUACCUGCUCUGCAGUACGUUCGGGCAGACAGUCCUCUCCGAGAUGGAGAUGUCCUCGUGCUGGACCCGACUGCUGAUACGGUUUGGGACCCUACCGGACCGCCCCCGCAAAGCCUUGCGGGUCCGGCCCCGGGCCCAGUUGCGCGCCCAUGCUGGGGGCCCUCGUCUUCUGCUGCCGCCGCCAUCUCUGGUCGCUGGGCUUGGCUUGCGGUCCUUUCGGCCAGAUGGCCCCGGCUUCUCGCCCUGGCUUGCUUGGUUUGUGCCGGUCAGGGUAUGGCUCCCGCACUGGACUUGCCGGAACAGCCAAUUCGUGUGGGUUUCUUCCCGUGGCGGGCCGCAGCCGCUGCGGCUGAUCUGGUUGAUCUCACCAACCGCACAGAGAUUGACAUUGUCCUUCUUAGUCCCUUCACAGGUCCCCAGGAGGCUGGGCGACUGCCCACUGCCUCGACUACCGGAGAGCUCAAUGCUCUCACACGCUCCUGCGACCCAGCUUGGGGUGCUGAAGUUGCACCUGUGUGGCCGACAGCUGCCAUACCGGCCCUACUGGUUGUUCCCCGUCCCCUGACGCCAGACCUUGUCUGUUUAGCGGUCUCCUCCUUGGAUCGGCACUUCUCUAUCCUUGUGCCCUGCACUACCUCUGUGUCCUGGCUGGGCGCGGCUCUCCGCUUCCUACAGCCGAUGCAAACUCUCUCGGUUCGUGCACCCAGUGCUCUCACAGCCGAUGCCACAUCUGACCAAGGCGUGCGCUGGCGAUCUGGAGACCUGGUUGUUGCAUUGCCUCCUGCAGCUUUUGCGCCCGAAUACCAGCCCCCGUGCUUUCAUUCCGACGCUCAAGUGCGGCAUUGCGCCAUUUGGGCUGUUGAUUUCUCGGUCUCCACCCGUGUCAACUUCAUACUCUGGAGGCCUGCUGUUCGAGCCAUCCGGGGACACGCACCGGCAGGCAGCCGCUGGCGUGCUCUUGAUUAUACUUUUGAUGGUGACUUUAGCCUCCACUACCCUGGGCGUUGGGUUCCGGUUCCCUGGAUCGCCCAGGAUCACGCCCACUUGGUUUUGCUGCCGGAGGACCCUUCGAGGGUCAAUGUCAUUGUGGAAGCAGACGGCCAUUGCUGGUGUGCCCUUGUCACAGCCGUUACCGAUGCCUGGCAACUCUGGACUGAGCUCCCAUCUAUCUCUUCUCAGCCCCGCGUCCUUGGUGUCCCACACCAGGAACUGCGCCAAGGGACGACCCUUCGCAGCGGCGAUGUUGUUUCCGGCUGUCCAGGACUCUCCCCCUCCUGUUGGCUCCCCUGCUCUUUGUGGCUUGCAGCUUGGUGGGCACUCGGCUCUGCCUCUUCGGCCCCUGGCUAUCUUCUCAUGUUUGCUGGGCUGCUCGCUCUUCCCCCGGUGUCGGGGGCACGUCUUCCCCACGAGAGCGGCAGUCGACAAUGGUCUUUGGCAACGUCAAACUGUGACGGGCAGCCUGGACUCCUCUUUGCUUGGUCCCCGGGAGACCCGGUCCCGCUUACUGUCCCCACUACCAGUGAUGAACAGUGGGAUCCUGAACAUUGCACCUUCCGCCCUUCACUGGUCCGGUUCAGUGUCGGCCGCUGGAUUCCAGCAGCCCGGGUUGACGACCUUGGGCUCCAUCUUGUCCCUGAAAGCCCUAAUCUUCAUUGGGCCCAUGUCUUGUCUGCUCGACCCCCCCUCAGCGUUCGAGUGGUGCCUCGCCAUGGCGCAGAUGGACUCCUGCGGGAUGGUGACAGCGGCUCCCCCCUGGGCAGCGCUCCCUCCCGCACCUUGCUCCCGUUGCUUGCCAGUCUGGCCGUUCGCGGGCGUCUGGGUCGGCACUGGUUUUCUCUUCUCAGUGCUUGGGUUCUUCUGGCUGGGCUGCCCGAGUUGUUUCCGGGUACGGCGGCCCUUGGAUUCCCGCCGGUCUCCACUCAUGCCCUUGCGCGGACUCCAGGUCCUUCGCCCAUUGGAGUGGAUUUCGGGUUGCUCUCCCGCACCAGCUGCUAUUUUCGUGCAUGGGGGGCGCCAGAUUGGCACAGCCCGGAUGGACUCUCCUGGGCGGCAGAUAUUCACCAAGAGUGUGCCGCUCAGGCUUCCUUGCACCAGUUGUGGUGGACGCACGACCUCUUCCAGAAUCUCCCGGCAUCCGCUCCAGCGCCUUAUCGCCAGGCCUUCUCUAGUUUCCCAGUAUGGUCUGGCGGGGUACCCGAUCAGGUUCUCAUCGCCACUGAUGGGAGUGGCGAGCGGGGAGGAGCAUGGGCCUUCUGCGUAUGGGUUUGGUGGCGUCACAAGUGGCACCGGGUCGGGUGGUUCGGCGCCGCGGGGGCCGAUACCCCUUGGUUAUCUGGAACUGCGGCCCCCGGGAGUGGUGUCUCCUUUCACGCUGAGCUUUGGGCCUUGCAGGCUGCGGGCCUCUGGCUCCUCGCUUGGGUUGACCGCCUCUCCCUUCUGACGUCAGCAGCGCCUGCCAAGGUCACCAUUGCGGUUGACAAUGCCUCUGCGCUCCAGAUUGCGGCCGGGCAAGCGCAGGCCAGUGAGCCAGUCACCACCCUUACUCGUUAUAUCUGGCAGGCUGUCCAGUCCCGUAUGUCCACUCGCUUUCAGCACAUACGAUCGCCGACUUUCUCGCUGGCUGGGCUGGUCGGACCUCGUGGCAUCCCUGGAAACAUGUCGAUGCUGCCCUCCCCGCUCUGCUGCAGGAAGCGGCGCCUUGGCUCUGGCUCAUUCCACAUGCCAAGGUGGUUCAAGGCAGACCCUGGAUCCGUCUCACCGCGCAGUCACUUACCCAUGCACCAGCAGGUCGAGGGCCCGCUGUCCAGUGCCCUUCCGCCGAGGUGCCCUGUGCGGCUCCGUCGCUAG